AUGUUGCUAUCUCCAAAUGAGGGUAGUGGGGGUAGUAACACAUUCUCAGAUGUUUUGUUGUCAAAUUAUCUUCACAACAAUAUUGAUAAUAACAAUACUUAUACUGACAUUAACAAUAACAAUAACGAUGAUGUUGUUGAUAAUAAUGUUGUAAACACACCACAAAAUAUAGUACAAGAUAUCUUUCCUGUUAACAACAACGAUGAAAGUAAAACAUACAAUGUCAACGAAAUCGAUUUUUUUAAAAAUAUAUCACCAUCAAAUAAUAUUGAGGAGAGAACUGAUGUAAAUUGCAACAUGUGUCACAUCUGUGAAAUAGAACAUGAAAAGGAUUUAGACUCGACGUGGGUGAAUUGCAACCGUAGAAACUGUGAUUAUUGGGUGCAUGUAGUAUGUGUUGGCAUUGACAUCAGUGACAAAUGGUUAAAAAAUCUGAAAUAUUUUUGUCCAACCCAUAAUGCGGUUCGCGUGACUGCUGCACGAAAACGACUUUUUAAAAAGAAAUAG